AUGGCUUCCGUUCUUCGCAGCGGCGCUAAGCUGCGCACUGCCGCUCGUGUCUCGGCGGUUCGUACUCUCUCGACUACCACCCGCCUGCGUGCGGCCGAGAAGUCCUUCUUCCCCAAUGAGCCUACCGCUCCCUCCGUCCAGACCUCUAUCCCCGGCCCCAAGAACAAGGCGGCUGCCGCGGAGCUCGAUGAGGUCUUCGAUGUUCGCAGCUUGAACAUGCUUGCCGACUACUCUCAGUCCGUCGGUAACUACAUUGCCGAUCUCGAUGGCAACAAGCUUCUGGAUGUGUAUGCUCAGAUCGCCUCUAUUCCCGUCGGCUAUAACAACCCCCACCUGAAGCAGGCUACCCAGUCUCCUGAGAUGAUCAAUGCGCUGAUCAACCGUCCCGCUCUUGGUAACUUCCCCUCCGCUGACUGGGCCAAGAUUCUGAAGACCGGUGCUUUGCGGGCCGCCCCAAAGGGCCUCAACCAGGUGUUCACUGCCAUGGCCGGCUCUGACGCCAACGAGACGGCCUACAAGGCCGCUUUCAUGUACUACCGCCAGCUUCAGCGUGGUGGUCCCCAGGUCGAGUUCACUGAGGAGGAGUUGCUGUCCACCAUGAACAACGAGAGCCCCGGUUCUCCCCAGCUAUCUAUCCUCUCCUUCAAGUCUGCCUUCCACGGCCGUCUCUUCGGCUCUCUUUCCACCACCCGCUCCAAGGCUAUCCACAAGCUUGACAUCCCCGCCUUCGACUGGCCCCAGGCCUCCUUCCCCGCCCUCAAGUACCCCCUCGAGGACCAUGUGCAGGAGAAUGCCGCCGAGGAGAAGCGCUGCCUCGAGGAGGUCGAGCGUCUCAUCAAGGAGUAUCACAACCCCGUCGCCGCCGUCAUGGUCGAGCCCAUCCAGUCCGAGGGUGGUGACAAUCACGCCUCCCCGCCUUCUUCCAAGGCCUGCGUGACAUCACCAAGCGCACCAACGUCCUCUUCAUCGUCGAUGAGGUGCAGACUGGUAUCGGAGCCACUGGCAAGUUCUGGGCGCACGACCACUGGAACCUCACCACUCCCCCCCGACAUGGUCACUUUCUCCAAGAAGGCCCAGACUGCUGGCUACUACUUCGGCAACCCUGCUCUGCGCCCCAACAAGCCCUACCGCCAGUUCAACACCUGGAUGGGUGACCCCGCCCGCGCUCUGAUCUACCGCGCCAUCAUCGAGGAGGUCGAGCGUCUUGGUCUCGUUGAGAACACUCGCAUCACCGGUGACUACCUCUACUCCGGCCUCGAGACCCUCGCUGCCAAAUACCCCGCCCACUUCCAGAACCUGCGUGGUAAGGGCCAGGGAACCUUCAUUGCUUGGGACACCCCCAAGCGUGACGAGUUCCUCGCCAAGGCGAAGACCGUUGGUGUCAACAUCGGCGGCAGCGGUGUCGCUGCCGUUCGUUUGCGCCCCAUGCUGGUCUUCCAGAAGCACCACGCCGAUAUCCUUCUGGAGAGCAUUGAGAAGAUCAUCAAGCUGCUUUAA